AUGUCAGCAGAAAGACGUUUGAUCAAAGAAUACAGCUUGUACAAGAAACAACCACCUCACGCCAACAACCACCAAAUAAUACAGCUAUCCCCCAUCAACGAAGACGAUACUUUAUUCCACUGGCAAGCAACCAUCGCCAAACCAACCAAAAAGGACUCACAAUUUUACUAUGGAGGCGUAUGGAAACUAGCCAUUGAUGUACCAUCGACAUACCCGCAACAACCACCAACAAUCAAAUUCCUCACUCCCAUAAUCCACCCCAAUAUCAACUUCCAAACGGGUGAAAUAUGCCUUGAUGUGUUGAAGACACAGUGGAGUCCGGCAUGGAACUUGGAAAGUUUGGUGGUUGCCAUUUUACAAUUGUUGGAUAACCCUGAACCUGAUUCUCCCUUAAAUAUCGAUGCAGCAAAUUUGUAUAGACUGGAUAAAGUUGCUUUUGAGAGUUUGGUUCAGUUUGAAAUUUGGAAAUGUGGUAACUUUUUCCAAUUGAAUUUGAGUACUUCGAGUAUAAUGGAUAAGAAGCUGAGAUGUUUGAUUAGAGAUGUUUCUGGGGUUAAAUGUGCUUAG